AUUAUCUACACGUUGAAAUGUUGAGGAAUCCGUACGAAAAUCAAGGAAAUAUUCCUGCACAUCCCACUCAUGAAUCCAAACUACUCUCUGUAGAUCAUCAGUAGAGUCGUAGAAUAUAAACCCAUUCCCUCCCACUGAAUCAUUACCCUAACCAACCCUACCUACCAUUGCAAGCAAGAAACCACAACUCUUCAAUCUAUAACAUUACAACCUUCAUUAUAUCUAUAAUUCUAUACUCACAAUGUCCACCCCAAGACUCACCCUCUACUUCGACCUCCUAAGUCCAUUCAGUUACGUCGCCUUCCACAUUCUCAAAAACUCUCCUACGUUCACAAAAUGCGACAUAACCUACACCCCAGUCCUCCUCCGUGAGCUUUUCACUAUCUGUCAAAAUCCACCCCCAAUUGCUGUUAAAAACAAAUCAACCUGGCUAAACAAAGAACGUCUCUACUGGUCCCGUCGACUAAAUCUCCCCAUGUGUGAAACUCCACCGGCCGGGUUUCCUUUCCCGACUGUUGAUGUCCAGAGUAUAUUACUUACACUCAGUGAGCGGGACCCCGAGAAGGUAGCUAUGGUUGUGGAGAGAUUGUAUCGGGGGCUUUGGGGAGAUGGGAACUCACAGAUUGUCACUCCUGAUGGGUUUAUGGGGGUUUUGGAAGAUGUGUUUGGGGUGGGGAUUGCUGGGGAGAUACUCGAGGCUUCAAAAGAACCAGAAACCCAACUCCGUCUAACGGAGAACACCCAGAAAGCGUUCGGCACCGGAGCAUUCGGACUACCGUGGGUCGAGUGUGUGAAUGCUCAGAACGAAACAGAGUGUUUCUGGGGGGUGGAUCACUUGGAGAGAGUGGUUGAGUUCCUGGGCUUGGAGAAGGGGGAUUCACGUUGGGGGUUGGGUGUGUCAACUAAGUAGUAGCUACUAUUUCUCCCUUCUUUCCUUCCUUUU